AUGGCUGCCAUAGUAACAGGCCUGAUCCCCAUCCUGCGCACAGCAGUUGAUGCCACCACCACCUACAAGUGUCGCUCGCUGUGGUUUGGCUUCCUGAGCAUCCGCCUGGUGAUUCUUUUCCUUGCCGAGCUUCCUUUCACCAAACUGGACGCUGACUUCACCUGCAACGGCACCAGAGACAGCAUCUGUACCCGAGCCUGCUUUAACAGACACUUUCACAAACCCAUGAUGGUGGCAUGGAACUUCAUCUUCGUGCUGGUUGUCAUCUCUGUGCUGCUCAUGGAGCUGUUCACCUCCCACCUGCGCUCCCUGGCCCAGAAGAGGAGGGAUAAGGCAGAGGAGGAGGAGAUGAAUGCUCAGGGGAAGGAGGAGGCCCCGGAUGUGUCCGAAGACCCAAGGGGUAGGACGGUGAUCAACCUUCACAGAGACAGAGGAACGGUGGGCUUCUACCUGCUCAGCAUCAUCCUGAGAAUCCUGGUAGAAACCUGGUUUGUUUGCGUUCUGCUCUCCUGGAACCUCCCGGCUCUGAGCGAUGAUCAGUUCAACUGUUCCACAACCAUCUGCUCACAGUUACAUGUUUGUGUUGUUAGGGCAGCACCAGAGAAACGCAUGUCUAUUUACGCCUUGGCUUCCAUCUCUGGCAUGAUUAUUGUUGUUUCAGUCUUGUUUUGUAUGUACUCCAUUGCUCAUUACCUCUUCAACGUUUAA